AUGGGAGAGCCAAUGAGGGAAGAAGCAGAAUCUUCUCCCUCUGUAUCCAGAUUAGGGUCAAGAAAGGAUGAAAUUCUAGCACUGCAUAAAUGCCCUUACGACAAAUUGCCGAACCCAAAGCGAGUCUGGCACGGAGAACCCAAUUCGCGUGACGAAGGCCUGGGUCGAUUGGUGAUUUUGACACCAGAGAUCGUCGCAGCAGCUGCAAGCAAUAUCAAGUCGGGACGUCGUGUUUCUCUAAGCUGGGGCAUGGACAAACUUGACAUAGCAAAUUUCAACCGUCAUCCGAGUCAACAUCAUGUGAUACCGUUGAUGAACGGUUUCGCUUUUGACGAUAUCUAUAUCUUCAACCCUCAGCAAUCGAGUCAAUGGGAUGGCCUUCGACAUUUUAGUGCCCCGUCUGAGGAUAAUCCUUCGAAGCGUGUAUUUUAUGGGGGCGUCGAGUCAUCGGAAAUCAUGGACAGGAAAAACACACGAAUCGGACUACAACAUUGGGCCAAAGAAGGUAUAUGUGGGCGCGGAGUAUUACUAGACUACGUAGAGUAUGCAGCCAGACAUGGUAUCAAAUACUCUUUAUUUUCAGAUCAUGCCAUCUCGCUGUCGACUCUUCAGGAUGUGGCAAAAGAACAAGGUGUCACUUUCCAAUAUGGAGACUUGCUUUUUAUCCGUAUUGGGCUGGUCCAAGAAUGGGAGUCACGGAUGACAAUGGAAGACAAGAUGGCCUAUGCGUCCUCAACAAACCCACAGCAUGCCGGUAUUGAGGGGACAGAAGAGAUGCUGCGCUGGAUAUGGGAUACCGGGUUUGCGGCGGUGGCCGGCGAUGCGAUUUCAUUCGAAGUCUACCCUCCUCAGAAAGAAUAUCGCAGGGCAAAUGGAGAUCCAUCUGUGGAGGGGGUGUUUAUGCAUGAAGUUAUUCUCGCUGGAUGGGGAAUGCCUAUUGGGGAGCUUUUUGACCUGGAAGAGCUUGCGCAGAUUUGCAAAGAAGAGAACAGAUGGGAGUUUUUCAUAGCAAGUGCACCGCUGAACAUGCCGGGAGGGAUAAGUAGCCCUCCUAACUGCUUAGCAAUAUUCUGA